AUGAAGGCUGUGGUAAUCACAACCUCCGGCGGGCCGGAGGUGUUGCAGCUCCGGGAGGUUGAGGACGUCGCCGCCUGGGACGGUGAGAUCCUGAUUAGGGUUACGGCGACGGCCCUCAACCGUACCGAUACGCUGCAGAGGAAGGGGGCCUACCAGCUGCCCCCCGGCGCUAGUCCGUACCUGGGCCUCGAGUGCUCCGGCGUUGUUGAGGCCGUUGGGAAGGGCGUUAAGCGAUGGACGAUCGGUGAUCAGGUAAGCGGGUCAGGAAUCUCAGAGGAUGUUCUCGUGCUCGGCGCGGUCUCGAUUAAUGGAGGAGAACGUGAGAGAUGGGUGGCAUGUUUAUUGGUUCCUGGUUCCGCAGGUGUGUGCCUUGCUCGCCGGAGGAGGAUACGCGGAGAAGGUGGCGGUGCCGGCGGGGCAGGUCCUCCCCUUGCCCUCUGGAGUCUCCCUGACGGAGGCAGCCGGACUUCCAGAAGUGGCGUGCACAGUCUGGUCGACGGUGUUCAUGACCAGUCGCCUUUCGCCGGGGGAGUCCUUCCUGGUCCUGGACGAUUUGCCUCGAUCAUCUGCUUCUUACCCCGAAUUAAAUUGGGGAAAACAUCUCCGCUACAUCCUCGUUCUCAUUCCUGUCGGGAAUCUCUGAAGGUUCACGGCGGUUCCAGCGGGAUCGGGACAUUUGCGAUACAGAUUGCGAAGCACAUCGGCGCGAAGGUGUUCGUCACCGCAGGUGCUCCGCCGCUGGGAAGAAAUUCUUCGUUUGGAGUAGAAAUUUUCUGCUGCUGAUAUGUCAAACAUUUUCUUUCUAUCGCGUCCCGUGUGAGAUCUUUGUCUGCCUUCUUACUUUCUUGCUUGCUCACCAGGGAGCGCGGAGAAGCUGGCCUUCUGCAAGGAUCUCGGCGCCGACGUCUGCAUCAACUACAAGACGGAGGACUUCGUGGCGCGGGUGAAGGAGGAGACCGGCGGCAAAGGUCCUUCCUCCAUCUAUCGGCCGUCGCACUCUGGUUGCCACCGUCGGCGGCGAUCUGGAUUCCUGAACUGUUUGUUCUUCCCCGUUCCUCUCCGUAGGCGUCGAUGUGAUCCUGGACAACGUCGGCGGCCCCUACUUCCAGAGGAACCUCGAGAGCCUGGGCGUGGACGGGAGGCUAUUCAUCAUCGGCUUCCAAGGAGGAAACACCACACAGGCCAACCUCGGGCCCCUGCUCGCCAGGCGUCUCACCGUCCAAGGUGAGUACCCCGCUUGCAGAUCGAGAACUGCUACGAUCUGGAUCUCUGCGGCGGCGGCGGCGGCCCCAACGGAUUCCCUCUCUGUGCAGCGGCGGGGCUGCGCGGGAGAGCGAUCGAGGACAAGGCGAGGAUCGUGGCGGAGGUGGAGAAGCAGGUCUGGCCGGCGGUGGAGGCGGGGAGGGUGAGGCCGGUGAUCCACUGCUCUUUCCCCCUCGCGCAGGCGGCGGAGGCCCACCGACUGAUGGAGAGCAGCGCCCACACUGGCAAGAUACUUCUUCUUCCCUCCUGA